UUUCUUUUUGACAUACACCCUGGUUACUGUCAAACAGUUUUUUUUGUCACAGACAUUAUAAAAUAAAUACUAUAAAUUUUUUUCUUUUCUUGAUUAUAAAUAGCAAUUAAGAUUAAUAGAAACAAUUUUCAUGAUUCAUAUUUUAGUAUUAAGAAUUAAUGUAAAAAAGUAAUGCGAGAGAACAAUGGCAGUGUCUAACUUUUACGUAUUUUUGUUAUUAUUGGGUAUUGUAACAAUAACUAAAUGUGAAAGACUUCAUGAACAGAUAUACUCAUCUAUAGAAGGGGGGGCUCCAUGUUUUAGACGUCUAAAUGGCACACACCAAGCAGGAUGCUCUUCUUCAGACAAAGGGGCAGUUGGGGUGAUACACAUGGUGGAUAAUAUAAGCGAUGCUCAGUGGCUUGUUUAUAAUGCAACAGAGGGCCCAUAUAUGGCAGUUGUCAGUACUUCCUUGUUCUAUGAUAUUGUUGAAUUAUUUAUGUCAUAUCCUAAAAAUAUUGCCGGUGUGCUGAUAUAUGACAAUGUAAAUGACAGUGCCACAUCCUUUACUCAAGAUUCAAGAUGUCCAAACGAAUAUUCUUCUGGUCCUGGUAGUUUGUGCUCGUCAUCUCAAGCAGGAGGAGUUGUAUGGAAUGAGAAAGGGACAGGCUUACUAAAGAGAGAUAUACCAUUCCCUAUAUUUUUUUUACCACAAUCACGUUCUGAGGAGAUUGUCAAAAUUCGGGAUUGUUAUGAAAGAUUCAACUAUGAUAAAAAUAAUCAACAAGGAAGACCACUUUGUUCAGCUCAACUUAAUUCCUUCAUGUUUGCUGCAGUUAGUAGUGAAGUGUGUAUGAGGAGAUCUGCUACAUCGACUCUUUUAUCGCCUACUAAAGUUUGUGAUCCCUUGGGUGACAAUAAUGUAUACUAUUCUUUAUUCCCUGGAAUUAAGACAAAAGAUUCAGCAAAAAAAUCAGUUACAUUAGUUACGGCGAGGAUAGACAGUGCUUCACUCUUUGAUGGUGUAUCGCCAGGUUCCGCAAGUUCUGUUGUAGGAAUGGUCACUCUGAUAACAGCUGCUGCUACACUCUCUCAAUUGAUACCUGUAACGGACUCACAAUUGUAUGAGCAAAACGUUCUGUGGACGCUAUUCAAUGGCGAGGCGUUCGACUACAUCGGGUCGCAGCGCGUCGCGUACGACCUGCAGCGCGCCGCCUGGCCCGCGCAUGCGCCGCUCACGCCCGCCGACAUACCGCUGCACGUCGAGAUAGGACAGAUCGGAGGCUCCGUCAUCAGCCAUCUCAAUGAUACCACAUGGCCUUUACAUGCUUUCACCGCUACGCAAAUAGUGUCUGAGACAUUGAAAUUUCUAAACAGUCUGUCUACAUACGGCGAAAUGUAUAAUAUGACAGUUUUCUCCGAAUAUACGACCAAUCUACCGCCUUCGUCGUUACAUUCGUUCCGGCGAAUAUUAAGAAAUGUUACAGAAAGCGGGGACUUAGGAGAACUUCUGAUAACCGACCAUAAUAAUACAUUUACCAACAUGUAUUAUAAUUCCGCUUUAGACGAUUACGACAAAAUAGGUUUUAACUAUCACAACAUUAGUAUUAGUAGUGAUGGACAAUUCGUGCCCACGCCUGAACUCAUCGCCAAUGGUACAAUGAAAGAGAACGAGUUGCAAGUAAAGAUAUCCCGGCUGUCUACGGUGGUGGCUCGCACUUUAUACCAGAGAGUUACGGGCAAAGACUACGCGGGGGAUGUUGUGGCAUCGGCUCAUUUGGUGGACGAGAUGCUGUAUUGUUUCCUUCGUAGUCAGGCGUGUCGGCUGCUGCUGGCGGCGGAAUACGCGCAGGGCGCAGGCGCGGAGGAGAGUCUGCCCGACCGCGCCGCGCCGCUGUACGUGGGCGUGGCCACGUGGCCCGCCACCGCGCCCGUGUUCGCCGGACACCUGCUCGCGCUGCUCACCGGCACGCAUCUGCCGCUAAAUAAAUCCGGCUGCGAUGCGCAGAAAGAGGAGGGUUUCUCGAAUUAUUGGCUACGUGGAUGGAAUCACACCGGUGUUUGUAUUCAGACUACCAUGAACUUUAGUCAGGCUCUGAGUCCAGCCUUUAUAAUUCCAGACUACGACCUCAAAUCAGGCAUAUAUUCGACGUGGACGGAGUCGGUGUGGCACGCGAUGUGGGCGCGCGUGUUCGUGUCGGCGGGCGGCGGCGGCGCGGCGGCGGCGGGCGCGGCCGGCCUGCUCGCCACCGCCGCCGCCGCGCUGCUCACCUACUGGCUGCAGCGACACGCGUCGCUAGUCUUCCUCGACAGGGCGCCGGCCUCCAUGGCGGUAGACGACGCCGCUUCGGGAAUAUUAAGGACAGUCAAUUGUUGAAGAAUAUCACACGUUGUGAACGAAGGCUGUGUACAUAGACUAUGUUGUAUGGUGAUGAGUUAACAUUCCAUCACGAUUAUGAUAAUGAUGUAUAAGUCCAAAUGUAAAGUAAUCUUCAUAAUAUCCAAUGACAAUGUGUGUUAUGAUUGGAUCAUCAAUAGGUAUUAUUGAAAUAUUUGGAUUGUCCAGCAAAUAAAUAACUCAUUUGCUUAUACUUUGAAUGUGUAGAAAUUAAUGUACCUAAUAAAUUAUUAUAUAAUUAAGUAUUUUUCUUUGUCUGGUAAUAACUAAUUAAAAAUAAUGUAAAAGUUUCUAUAAUGUAUUGAAAUUACUUUUUAUUUAUAUUUUUUUUUCCUAUUUUCUACUUUGUUUUGACAAUAGGCUAAAUUAACUGAGACAAAAUAAAAAGCAAGUAGCUACUA